CAAACCACUGCUGGAAACUGUAGCUGCUGGCAGUAGACCAUGGUAGACAGACUGUCACUGUGUCAGUUGUGAGUCGAAUCUUUUGCCGUUUUGGUGGUGACCUACAGUAGUUUUGCUUUAGUACUAGUUUUAGUUUACGGUCGCCGGCACCUGAUUUCCUGUUUUUUGGAGACCUAAUAAUUAAAUUAUUAUAUAAUGGCUUCGACUGGAUAUCGGAUCAUUUCCGAUUCACCUUCAAGAGAGUAGAUCUACCCACCAACCAGGAUACCGCUACAGUCAGUACUGCCUGUAGACUCCAUUGGUCUACAUCUAAAAUACUAGUAUUAUAUGUCUGGAAGUGGAUCAACUAACUUUUAGAUCCCCUAUUCGCGAUCAAACCUUACACUUGCAACCUUUCAGUUUUAGUAAUAGUUGUGUUACGGCUAGCGGCUACUGCUGUGUUGUGCAACUAGGAAGGCAAGUGACCGCGUAAGGGUAAACAGUUGACAAGUGAAAAGUCAGCUUGGACCGAACGGGAGAAAACGCUCAAGCAAAAACAGUCCAUCAUCUGGCAGGACUCGGGUGACACUGGCUCAGUCUUCUGCGAGUUGAAACAGUAACGACUGCCAGUGACGACUGCGUUUAUCGCUGGAUGUUUAUCUCCAACUACUGCGUGGAGUCUCAAGUAAAUUUCGUAUUCGUCUUCACUCUACACUUAUUCCGCUUGCCCUCCCCCCCCCCCCCCCCGCCGAGUGGAACAGGGCUCAGUGCCUCGCGGAUGACGGAUUCCUUUCGUUUAAUGUACGAACUACGUCAUUUUGGAAGCAUCCAACAGCAAUUGUCUGUUUCAUCAACAGAACCAACCGUGACCCCGCCCGCAUACAGGGCCUGGAUGCAGUGAGGACGAACGAGUGCAAACACAUCUUCAGUUUAGCGAUAUCAGCCUCUCUGUCUCUCCCUCUAGUUCUGCGGCAAGCACUGAGAUGGCCGAAUCAGCGGACAUUGCCUGUCAGGUCAAUACACACAGUGCGGACGUGUCGUUAAGCCGUGCGUUCUUACCCCAGAAGCCCAAAAACAAUUUGGAACAGACAAUUCCGAUACCAGACGAUGAUAGCGAGCAACUGUUCUCGUUUCGCAAGCUAUGGGCAUUCACAGGCCCAGGAUUUCUGAUGAGCAUCGCCUAUCUUGACCCGGGGAACAUCGAGUCCGACAUGCAGUCUGGGAGCGCUGCCGGAUUUCAUUUGCUGUGGUUGCUAUUCAGUGCUACAUGCAUGGGUCUGUUGCUGCAGCGCCUAGCAGCAAGACUGGGUGUUACCAGCGGGCAGCAUCUAGCAGAACUGUGCAGACAACAGUAUCCCCGUGUACCACGUAUUGUCCUCUGGCUCAUGAUCGAGCUGGCCAUUGUCGGAUCCGACAUGCAAGAAGUCAUCGGAACGGCCAUUGCCUAUUCGUUGCUUAGCAACGGCAAAAUCCCGUUGUAUGCCGGGGUCCUGAUCACCAUCGCCGAUACAUUCCUGUUCUUGUUUCUGGACAAUUACGGUCUGCGCAAGUUGGAGGUAUUCUUCUGCAUGUUGAUCACCGUCAUGGCGGUGACGUUUGGUUACGAGUAUAUUGUAGCAGCACCUAACCAGGCGGAGGUGAUGAAAGGUUUAGUUGUGCCUUGGUGCUCAAAUUGCGAUCGGCCAGCGCUAAAACAAGCGGUGGGCAUCAUUGGUGCUGUUAUUAUGCCGCACAACUUCUACCUUCACUCUGCCCUGGUGCGCAGCCGGGAUGUCGAUCGGUCAUCUUCUACGAAGGUCAAAGAGGCCAAUUUCUAUUUCUUCAUUGAGUCUGCUAUCGCACUGAUGGUGUCCUUCGUCAUCAACUUGUUUGUAGUGUGCGUGUUUGCUGAGACAUUCUUCAACAUGAGUGCGAGUACCAUCAUCAAUGAAUUCAACUGCUCUGCGCUGGGAAGUGCUUCCGACUUGACUUUGAAUGGUACAAUUGAGUUGGACUUGCGCAAGGGAGGGAUCUUCUUGGGUUGUCGUUUUGGCGAUGUAGCCAAAUACAUAUGGGCAGUAGGUAUAUUGGCGGCCGGCCAAAGUUCUACCAUGACUGGUACGUAUGCUGGGCAGUUUGCCAUGGAAGGGUUUCUGAACAUCAGCUGGAGUCGCUGGAAGCGUGUGCUCCUGACCAGGUCUAUAGCAAUUGCACCGACAUUGUUCGUUGCCAUCUCAGCGGGAAUUGAUGAUCUCACUGGCUUGAACGACUGGCUGAAUGUCCUGCAAUCCAUUCUUCUACCGUUUGCCGUGUUGCCUGUACUGCACUUUGCCUCUAGCAAGGCUGUGAUGCGUGAGUUUAGAGCGGGUCUUCCUAUGCAGAUUGCCAUGUGGAUCUUGGCCGUUCUGGUGAUGGGAGUUAAUCUCUACUUCACAUUCAACUUCUUCCGCAGUCUGUAUGGCAAACUCCCGUCAACAGUCUCCCGAGUUGGCGUCGUCCUCGGUAUUAUUGUUUUCUUUGUAAUCUAUGCCGUGUUGGUGGGCUAUCUCAUGCUGUCCGUAUUUGGCCUGUAUAUACGAGGCCUUUCUGAGAAGUUGGGUCAGACUUCAGGUAGAUAUGCGUUGCUUCAUAAUAACGGGUAUACCCGCAUUGACAGGAAUUCCCUUGAGACUCAAGACGAUGAUUAGACAACAAAUGUUGGCCGUUGCAUCGUUGUUGACGUAAUUGUAGUGUGAGCACCAUCGUGCUUGGUGGAUCGCAAUAAAUCAGGAAGUGAUAUCAGCACCUCCUUUAGGAUGUUUCACUUGGAGAAUUUUUUUGAUUCAGUUGUAUAAAAUAAAUAUCAUCUGUAUCAAAUUCCUUGCUGGUUCUUUGUUGUGAGAAUCACUAACAGCAGAGUCUGUUUGUUGUUUUGCUGGCAUAUGGUGUGUUUAGAAGGAACUGCGUGAAUUAUAUAAUUCGGAUGUUGAGCCAAUAAUGUCUCUUGAUGUCCCUUUCCUUCCUACAAUUAUAAUAAUCAUAAUAUUGGUGUACGUAGUGUUUAUCAGAACAUUAUGUCAGUAUCAUUAUCUCUCUCUCCUAGCCGGCUUGACACUGUGUAGUGUUUGAAAAAUUUAAUAUUAUACAAAAUACCAGUGUACUUUUUUUCCAACCUUGGUUUUGUUGACCAUGAUCAAGAGUAGAUAAACAAGAGUGUGCAACUCGCGGAUGGGUUGGCCCACGGCGGAAUUUUUUGUUGACGUAAUCUUUUCGACGACGCACGCGCUGCGAGCCUUUUGGAGAGGUUUCCCUCGUGCACUUGGCCGGACAUGUCUGUGCCCAGCACGUGCUCUCACACUGCUCUGCGGCCAAGUCCGCGUUUCUCUGAAAAAAGGUGACGUCAACAAAAAAUUCCGCCGUGGGCGGGGGUAUCUGCAGAUUGUGCAGGAGAGAUCCGGAGUUGCACACUCUUGUUUAUCUACUCUUGCCAUGAUCCAUCGAGCAUGAAGGACGAACGAAAUAUUGUAUGCAAUUUUAAGUUUUGAGAAUCGCGAUGAGCAGAACCAGCUGAAUCAACAUUAUUAAUAUUACAUACUGAAGUACCAAAAACUUGAACGGCUAUUUAUUAUCUAUAUUGUUGCCGGAUGAUUGAACUGAGCAUGUACAUGUAACUGAAAAGUGCA